GAUAGAACCUUGUUAAAAGUUAGAAAAUUCAUUUUGAUAUUUUAGAGCUGUUGCUGAAUUACUAAUUUUUUUUAUUAUUAUUAUUUUUCAGUAUUGCAAUGGCGGAGAUUUAGCAGACUAUUUGCAUGCGAAAGGGACACUCAGUGAGGAUACUAUACGUCUAUUUCUGAUUCAGUUGGCUGGUGCAAUGAGAGCUCUGUAUGCCAAGGGAAUAGUUCAUAGGGAUCUGAAACCACAGAAUAUUCUCCUGUCACACAGCGGAGCAAAGGCACAUCCUCAACCCUCCGAGAUCAAAUUGAAAAUUGCUGACUUUGGUUUUGCAAGAUUUCUACAAGAUGGUGUGAUGGCAGCUACACUCUGUGGUAGUCCGAUGUAUAUGGCUCCAGAAGUGAUAAUGUCGCUUCAAUAUGACGCCAAAGCUGACCUCUGGAGCUUGGGUACCAUAGUUUUCCAAUGUUUGACUGGGAAAGCUCCAUUUCAGGCGACUACACCGCAGGCAUUGAAGCAGUUUUACGAGAAAAACGCCAAUCUUUCACCAAAAAUCGCUGUUGGUACGAGCCCUGAGCUGAGCGAGCUGUUGAUGGGUUUGCUAAAGAGGAAUGCCAGAGAGAGGAUGAACUUCGAAUCAUUUUUCAACCAUAAAUUUUUGAAGAGACCUGAUCCACCUCAGUCGCAAAGUCCAUUACAGGGUGAACUUCCCUUACCAAUAUAUGGCUCACCUCCCACGUUGUCUAAACUGCCACGAAGAGCUUCAACACCUAUUAAAGUUGCUACUCCACCUAUAUCUCAGCCUGAAUCACCGCGAUCUACAAGAAACGCACUCAGUUCAAGUCCUGAAGAUGAUUAUGUUAUAGUUCCUCAAAACAUCCAAAUCCAGUCGGACCAUUCACCGGAAACUAGUGUGGAAAAAGAAAAACCAACAUUCAGGCUUCCAGUGCGAGCAUCUCCGAUGCCUUGUGCACCAGUUACUAGUCCUACAAGACCUAGCUUCUUACCGAUAUCUGAGCCGAUACCUGUACCUACUCAACGACAGGCCUUCGAAAAGAUAUACACCGAAACGCAAUUACAGAAAAGGGAUAAAGAAGAUCCUCCUUCUCCAUCACAGAUGAGUACUAGUGGCAGUGGUAGUGUACCACGAUCACAGCCGAUUACUAUGAAGAAAAGACCAGAACGGCAGAAAUCUGAUAUUGAUAUCAGUUCUAUGUCACCACCAUCAGUUCAGUUUGUAAUCGGUACACCACCAGGUGGAAGAAGACGGUCCACUUCUGGUAGCCUUUGUGAGACACCGCCUCCCCCAAGUAUAUGGACUGUUUCACCAGUAUCCACUUCCAAGACCAUGCCGACUAAUUCACCUCUCAGAAGAUCAGGAACUUCACCUCCCAUAUUGAGUGGUCCACUUGCCAGGGUGCCGAUGCUGAGCAGCCCCAAUCUCAACGACAACAACAAUUUGGGUCGAUCACCGGUAAUACCUUUCUGUACUCGCGCGGUAACGUUACCUGAAAUUUCAGAAUUGGAUAACUAUCCGACGUUCUUCAACGAAACGUCCACUACCAACGACGCCCAUCCAAUAACAUUUCUCGCGCCAGAAUUGCCUGAAGAAACGUUGUUAGAGAAGGAGCACAACGAGACCCUCGCCAAGAUCAACUUCGUGCUCGCCCUCAGCACGUGCGUGCUGGACCUGGCCGGGCAGCGGGUUGCCCCUCCUCUGGCCGCCCUUGUCGACGCCGCCCAGCUGCACCAGCCGACCAACGAGACGGCUCGCCGGGCGGAGCAGCUGGUGCUGAUGGUGAGGGCGCUGCAGCUGCUCAGCUCGGGGCUGUCGUUGGCCACGCGGCAGCUGAAGGCGGGGCAGUUGAGGCCCAGCACCAGCGUCAAGAACGUUGUCACAACUUUGAAUACGAAAUUCAGAGCUACCCUUCAAGAAUGUAAGCAGCUCAAUAACACUGGACUUUUGAAUAAAGUUGGCACCACUACUGCAACGGCCGACAAGAUUUUAUAUAAUCAUGCAAUUCAGAUGUGUCAAUCAGCAGCUUUAGAUGAGUUAUUCGGCAACCCUGAAGAGUGUUUCCAAAGGUAUCAGACCGCUCAGAUCCUCUUACAUAGUUUAUCGCAGCAAGUGCAGAACCAGAAGGAUAAAAUGCUGCUUACCAAAUAUAAGGAAGCUGUAGAAAAGCGACUAUACGUCCUCCAACAACAAGGUUAUAUCUACGCUACAGAUCUCAGCCACAUCUCGUUUCAGCCUCAUUUCUUAUAA